GAGUCCCCGGUACAAGAUUAUUUGCCUAUAUAUAGCCCGCGUGCCGAGGGCCGCAGCUCGCAAUCCAGCUCGAGUACCCGAUCGCCUCGUAACGAUUUCCAGCCAUCCGCGGAUACGUUGUUUCGUUUCUUGCAAUCACCGGUCGUGUCUGCUGCAGGUACAAUAUUUCCUCAGAUAAAAUGGACAGACACCGUACCGUCGAACAGGUCAUCGAUGACAACGUGCCCGAGGACCAGCAAAAGUUCCUCAAGAGGGUCAUCUACGGCGAGCACGUUCAGCCGAUCGAGCUGCCGGCUUUCGAGGAUGGGGUCCAGUGCGAGCUUAAGGGUUUCAAGAUCGGUGGUGCUAUCGAGGAGCAGUUGAGGCCUCCGAGGAUCGUGCGGGUCGCCGUGAUCCAGAACUCCAUCGUCCUGCCGACGACGGAGCCGAUUCGAGAGCAGCGCGACGCCAUACACAAGAAGAUCUGCAAGUACAUCGAACACGCGGCCUCGUGCGGUGCCAAUGUCGUCUGCAUGCAGGAACUUUGGACGAUGCCAAUGGCUUUCUGCACCCGCGAAAAGUACCCCUGGUGCGAGUUUGCAGAGGAUGCAGUUUCAGGGCCCACGACGACCCUAAUGUCCAAGCUGGCCCAGAAGCACGGCAUCGUCAUAAUCUCGGCGAUUUUGGAGCGAGAGGAGCUCAACUGCGACAUCAUCUGGAACACGUCGGUCGUCAUCGACACGGACGGCCGCGUCCUCGGCAAGCAAAGGAAAAACCACAUCCCCAGGAACGGCGACUUCAACGAGUCUACGUACUACAUGGAGGGCAACCUCGGCCAUCCGGUCUUCCAGACGCACUUUGGCAGGAUCGGCGUCGUCACGUGCUACGGCCGCCACCACCCGUUGAACUGGCUCAUGUACGCCCUCAACGGAGCCGAGAUCGUGUUCAAUCCCUCGGCGAUAAUCGCGGAGCAGUUCGAGCCUCUGUGGCACAUCGAGGCCCGCUGUGCAGCCAUAACAAACUGCUACUUCACCUGCGCCAUCAACCGCGUCGGCACCGAGGUCUACCCCAACGCGUUUACCUCCGGCGACGGCAAGCCAGCCCACAAGGAGCUGGGCGAGUUCUUCGGGUCCUCGUACAUCACGGCUCCCGACGGUUCGCGCACCCCCAGCUUGAGUCGCACCGGCGACGGCGUCCUCCUCGCCGAGAUCGACCUCAACCUGUGCAGGCAGAUGCGCGAUUCGAGGAACUUCCCGAUGACCCGCCGGUUGGACCUUUACGCUCGGGAAUUGAGCAAGGCUGCCCAGCCCAACUACGAGCCGCAGAUCGUGGGUAGAAAAUAAAUCUCCGCGAGGCGGGUACAAAAACAUCGUUGCUCGACAAUGAUUGUCGUUGAUUCCUUUUUUUCAUCCAAUUUUCUCGUUACUUGUUACAAGAGUAAUACUUAUGUACUGUUUUUAUUUAUUUUUUUUUCUUACGAGUUUUUGAUAUCUGUUUUUCAUUUCACACAAAACAAGUUGCAGACUCAUGGAGAUUUUAUACGAAAGCAUCAUAAAUAAAAGCCAUUGUUGCACGUUAAAA